CUCUUCCCCUCUCCCUCUCCCUUCGUUUCUCCCUCAACUUCUCGAUUCCAAAUCACACCUAAUCUCUACCCUUCUUCUUCUAGAUUCUCAUCCAAUUGGGUUUCUCUUUAGGGAAGAGAUACAGUACAAGUACCUACAAACAUUAAAGCAUACACCGGGUUUCGUGUGUUUCCUUCCUACCGUGACCUCCAAAUGUCUUCCUCCUCGGCAAAGAACCGCUUGACGGGUCUACUGGCUCAGUUCAAUCCCUUCGCUGGACACGAUUCUACCGCGACGCCGACCACAGACACCCCUUCAUCGUCUAUAUCCCAGCCAGUCAACUUCCAUACUCUGUCACCAACCUUCUUUCUUCCGCGUGCGGCGGCCAUUGAACCAGAUGCAGAAGCGAUUUACCAUAUCAGAACGAACAACCAGAUCCUCCGAAGGAGUUAUAUCGAGUUCGCCGACCGUGCGCGCGGGCUGGCCUAUUUCUUGAAGAGCCAUGGGUACAAGCGCGUAGGCAUUCUGUGUCCGAAUACGCCGGCUUUCUUGGAGGCCAUUUUUGGGAUCGCGGCUGCGGGGGCGGUGCAGGUUGCGGUGAAUUACCGUCUCAAGGAGGAUGAUAUCGCCUAUAUUUUCACACACUCGGAGGUGGAAGUGAUCAUUGUGGAUCAGGAGUUUCUGCCCCUCUUGCAACGGUAUCAAACAUCAAAGCCAGAGGUGCCGGUGAUUGUGGAUACGGAUACCGACGUCUCAGAAGGGCAGUUGUCUGGCCCGUUUGAUGAAGCGGUGCUGGAGGGAUUGAGGUUCGAUUCCCAGACUGGGGCUCGCGGGUGGGAUGGUCUAGAGGCUCAGGCAGCCGCCGAGGAGGAUCUCCUUGCUUUGGCCUAUACCAGUGGAACUACGGCGAAGCCGAAAGGGGUGGAGCUUACGCAUCGGGGCUGUUAUUUGGCGUGCUUAGCGAAUUUGGUUGAGUCUGGGCUAAAUGUGCAUGAGGACCGAUGCAGAUAUUUAUGGACUCUGCCCCUGUUUCAUGCGGUUGGGUGGACCUUCCCCUGGGCUGUGACGGCGGUCCGGGGUACGCAUUACUGCCUACGUAAGAUCGAUUAUCCGCAGAUCUGGAGGCUGCUCAAAGAGGAACGCAUCACGCAUUUUAAUGCGGCACCCACGGUGAACACGUUGCUGAGCCACAGUCCGCAGGCAGAACGGCUGCCACAGCCGGUGCGUGUAAUUGUGGCGGCAAGUCCACCGACGGCUUAUUUGUUUGAGAAGAUGACGAGUCUCAACCUGCGUCCCGUGCAUACGUACGGGAUGACGGAGACCUACGGUCCUAUCACCAAGUCGUACCAUAUGCCCGCGUGGGAAACCCUUCCACCGAGCGAGCGAUACGAGAAGAUGGCGAGACAGGGCCAUGGAUUCCUGACCAGUCUGCCAGCCAGGGUGAUCAAGACGGAUGUUCCCGAGGGCACGGUGGUCGAUGUCCGCCGGGAUGGCACGGAGAUCGGCGAGGUUGUGUUUGCUGGGAAUCUCUGCAGCCGCGGCUAUUACAAGGACCCAGAGGCGACGCGGAAACUGUUCCUCGGUGGAGUGCUGCAUUCUGGGGAUCUGGCUGUCUGGCAUCCUGACGGAGCGAUCCAGAUUCUCGAUCGCGCCAAGGACAUCAUCAUCAGCGGGGGGGAGAAUAUCUCCUCGGUUGCCUUAGAGGCACAGUUGGUGACCCACCCGGACAUUCUGGAGGCCGGGGUUGUCUCGGUUCCAGAUGCUCACUGGGGCGAACGUCCCAAGGCCUUCAUCACGGUCAAGGGAGGCCGAGAACUCGACGGCGAGGCGGUCAUCGAAUGGGCGCGGAAUGUCAGUGGCAUUAGUAAGUUCAUGGUCCCCCGCGAGGUCGAGGUGGUGGCGGAGCUGCCCAAAACCAGCACGGGUAAAUUCAGGAAAAAUGUACUGCGAGAUUGGGCGAAGGGGGCGUCUCGGACAUGAAGAAGGUGAUAAAGUCUUCCUAUUUGAGAAGAGAAGAGAAAGGAUGGUUGACUAGGGUGGGAUUGGGAAUGGAAGGGUUCAAGAUGUAUGAUUUCGCCUGAACAGAGGGGCAUUAUGGAGAUUAGAUAGGAUUUGUAACGUUGUCGCGAAGGACAAUAACACUGCGCG